UUAGUAUUCCCGUCCUAUCAAUGUGCGGGGCAGCGCGCCACGUCAGGCGGACCGAUUGCCUGCGUCUGCCAGUCCCGCCACGGAUUCAUUUGGGAUCCUCAAACAGAUGAGCCCGUAGAGACGGGGCAUCAAGGCAGCCUAUUAGAGCCAUUGCCUGCUUCGGGGACUGCCAGCCUUCCAGGCCUGGCGACGGGGGAGGGAGGGUAAAGACGAAGGAGCGCUGCUGCGGGAAGACACUGAGGCGAGAGCUACACUCAUACCCGCCCCCCCCGCAACUCCCACCUUACAGCGCAGGCUUUGAAAGCUGCUCCCCCAUCUGAAUGGAAACUCAGAACCGCCUGGCGGCGCGUUCCUUCUCGCCCAGCGCUGCAAUCCAUGCCGAGGGGAAGGUAGUGCGAGCCCGCGCCAGCGCCCAGCUCCCGGGACAGGGCCGGCAAUGCUGCUGAGCAGAACUUGACCGAGCCCCUUCCUCGCUGCUCAGUGGAAGCGAUGCUGCAGCGCACAGCCAGCGCUUCCCCGGCUCUCCUUCAAGCUGAAGGUUACCCACCCGCGCAGCCAGCCCCAACCCUGUGAGCGCCGCGCCUCGAUUCCCGGCUCCGGCUGCUUGGCGGCGCGCAGGGCAACGACCGGGCCGCCCGCGCCGGGGCGCACUGCACCAGCGGCUUCGGCUUGGUGGAUGUGUAUGCAUGAGUUCUGCACCGAAUGGGCGCAAAAAGCGCCCCAGCCGGUCCACCCGCUCCUCGAUCUUCCAGAUCAGCAAGCCCCCGCUGCAGAGUGGGGAUUGGGAGCGCAGGGGCAGCAACUCCGAGAGCGCCCACAAAACCCAACGAGCCCUGGACGACUGCAAGAUGCUUGUCCAAGAGUUCAACACGCAAGUGGCCCUGUACCGAGAGUUGGUCAUUUCUAUCGGGGACGUCUCCGUCAGCUGCCCCUCACUCCGGGCGGAAAUGCACAAGACAAGAACCAAAGGCUGUGAAAUGGCUCGUCAGGCACACCAAAAACUUGCUGCCAUCUCGGGCCCGGAAGAUGGUGAGAUCCAUCCAGAAAUCUGUCGGCUUUAUAUACAGCUGCAGUGCUGCUUGGAAAUGUACACAACAGAGAUGCUCAAAUCCAUAUGUCUGCUGGGGUCUCUUCAGUUUCACCGAAAAGGAAAGGAGCCUGGUGGGGGAACCAAGAGUUUGGAUUGCAAAAUUGAGGAGAGUACUGAAACACCUGCUCUAGAGGACUCCUCAUCAUCCCCUGUAGAUAUUCAGCAACAUUCCUGGCAGGUUUCCAUAGACAUCGAGAACACUGAAAGAGACAUGCGAGAAAUGAAAAACCUUUUAAGCAAACUCAGGGAAACUAUGCCUUUACCAUUGAAAAAUCAAGAUGACAGCAGCCUUCUAAAUCUAACUCCCUACCCCUUGGUUAGAAGACGGAAGAGAAGGUUCUUUGGGCUGUGUUGUCUGGUCUCAAGCUAGGCAACUCCUCCUGGAAACCCACCAUUGCGAAGACCUGAAAAUAUCACAGAACCUGAGGACCUCCAGACAGCUGAACUACAAUUAUUGGUUUUUGACUAUGUUUUCUAUGCUUCCUUAUUACUUUUAUUCGCCUCCCCCUACCCUUUUAAAUGAUUUUACAUUUGAAAGCAGCUGCCGUCAAGGGAAAAAAAAAAAAAAAAGAUUCACAAAGCAGGCUGUUUUUAAAAGGAUUUUUAAAGCUGACAUUGUGCAUGUCUGCUCCAAACCAUACCAUGACAGAUGCAAGAAUUAUGGUUUUUAAAUUAUUUAAAAGUUUUUUUAAAUGUAUUAUACAGAGAAAAAUUAUUUCAUGUAUAAUAGUGUAUCUUUAGCUCUUGCUGAUCUCAUGUGAACAAUUUAUCAUAUAUGAGAGUCUUUAAACAUAGAAAUCUAUCUAAAACUGCAAAACUGUGUUCAAAACUCCAAUCUAUCAAUAUUAUUAGAAAUAAUACUAUAAUCAAACAUAUACCACCUCACCUGUUGCUUUGUCUGCACCCAUUUACAUUUAGUCUUCCAUUCUGUCAGAAUCCAAGAGCUUCUACAUAAAGAUAUCUUAAUUUAUAAUGCAACAAAAACCAUAUAUGAAACGUAUUUAAAUUUUGUAAAUACACAAUAAUCCUAAUACCUUCGUACAAUGCAUAUGGGCAACUAAUUGCCUUUUGAUCCAAUGGUGUCUUUUUCAGCUUCUUGGAGAAUGAAGUAAUCCAGUUAGAAAAUGGUGUAGUAACAUAUACAAUUACCCUCAAAUGUAAAAUUGAAUAUUAUCAUAUUUUGUUCUAAUUGAAAUCUGAAGCAUGAUGUCUGCGCAUCAGCAUAGUGUUAAAUCUUAUAGGGCAUGCUGGAAUUAGCUCAGAUCGUAAAAAUAUUUAACAUUUUAUGUUAAUAAAAUCUUUUUAGUUAAGCUAAGCUUGUCUCAUUUUAGAUGACUAUGCAUAUAAGACUUUUCCAAUGUGUACUUGGUGUCUUGUCUUACGCUUAGGAUCUUGAAAGCAGGACACAUUAAGCAAUACUAUAUUUUAGAAAGGAGGAAGCCACACGCUUUGUUUUUCUGCUCACAGCUCUGUUAUGAACUUCCUCACUAAACUUGUAACAUGGUACAAAUUUUGUUGUAUUUUACCCUGUUCUUCCUUGGCCCAUUACCCAAACAGAAUUUCCCAUGGGUUGAGAGAUCAGGCCUUUGGACUUCCUUUCUUGCUUUCCAAAAUCUGAGGAAUCCUCAAGUCAGACAAGAGGCACCAGUGUCUAGUCCAAUAAAAGGAUGAGCUAGAUGCCAAACAGUGGUUUAGCCAAGAUGCAUCUUUAAUCCCAACCCUAUACUUUCUCAGUCCCUAUGUGCAUAGGCAUUUAUAUGUCCAAUAUCUUGACCCAACAACUAAAUAUAUUAAAGCUGUUAGCUUUAGUGAAGAUGAAGAUAGGUUAUAUGAACUACUGGAAUAAUUCUUGUAUUAGAUUGACCUAUAUGAGAUUGCUGGUAUUUGACGGUUUUGACCUACAAAAAUGUCAAUUUCAUAUGGUUCAACCUAAUAUCUGAUGUUGUGAAAAUUAAACUUGGAAUUAUCUUCUAGCUUUUGUGAUUGAAAGCGAAAGAAUUAGAGGGUUGGAAGAGAUCUCAAAAGGCUGUGCAGGUCUCUAUUUAGAUCAUACCAGCUGGGUUUGGGCCUUAUUCUUGGGAGUCCAGAGUUGUGUUCCAAUGAACUGGUAAUUAACACAUGAUUACAGGUAUGCCUGACUUCAUAUAAAGAGGUAUCCUUGAAAGUUAUAUGAGAAAAUCACAACUUUCUAAAUCAAAUAUUUGGAAAACGGUUGUUGGAAUAUGCUAUUUAGAGACUCUUAGAAUGAAUACCCCCUUGCAAAGCAGGUAACCACUCCCAGAUUUAUCUGGUCUGCAAACCCUGAUUUCACAAAUCAGGUUUGACAAAAGUUUAAUAUCUUUUUUGAAUAUGGUUCAUUUCAUCCCGUGUGGUUAAUUCACUUAAGAUCCCUUUUUUUUAAGAGAUUAUAAAAUAGCCCAGUUGGGCCCGCUCUCGGCUCCUGCCUUUGCCCUCACCCACCUUUCCACUAUACUGAACCCUUAGCUUCAAUCUAGUUCCUAUUAAUUCAUGAGAAGUUAUUAACCGAUAAACCCAACCUUGGUGUUCAGCACGUUCCUCUAAAUGCUUGAUCUAAAUCACUUCUGCUUGGUUCAUUUGUGCUCACUCUCGCCUUAGUCCGGUAUGAAAGGAACACUUACCUCCUGUGCCAUUGUCCUUUGUACAAACUGAAGACUGUUAAUAAAUUCAGGUCUCACCUCCAGGUCUGGGAGGGCUAUAGUAGCUAUUCAUGGGGAUGGGAAUUUGUCUAAUUCCCCAGCUAGGCUUUCCAUAUCUAAGGUAAAUAAAUUCAGCCACCUUAUCUUUUAUUCAUAGUACCUGUUUCCCAGACUUUGAUUGGUUUUAUAGUUCCUGUGGACACACUCCAAGAUUUAUAGAUCUUCUUUCACUAGCAGGUCCUAAAGUGAAAUUUAGUGCUCCAAGUCGUGAUGACCUACACUGGCUCAUAAUGGCAAUAGAUAACUCACCAUCUCCCAUUAGAUAUGCCAAUGCAUCUCUUUAGGAGCUGACCCCACUCUCCUCUCACCUACCAAAGGACUUUCUCAGGUGUAGUCCAUGAGAUAGAAGUCUACUGUCUUGGCCUUCUGCUGGUAAUUCGCUUUCAGAUUAGCAAUAACCCUGAGCUGAUCCCCAGGGGUAAGGUGAGAACACUGAACCUAUUCCGUUGCAUGUACUCACAUGCAGAAACUGGAAAAGGAUGUCAACUUUUUCUGGCACACCUUCACCCAUUUUACCACCAUAAUUUUGAUAUCCCAUGUUCAUUCAUCCUUGUCUUUUUUUCAGAUUACAGAGGCAAUAUAUGUUCUUUGUGGGAAAUCGGAAACAUACCACCAAGUAUAAAGAAAAUAAAAAUCAGCUGAAUCCCACCACAAUCAUAUUGUUUAAGACCACAUUUCCAGGCUUUAAGUCAGUCAGUGGCUGGGCCCAAAGGCACUGUGGAUAAGGUAUGUGAGUGAAUGCCCACAGGGCCGAGGUAUCACUU